AUGCGGACCACCCCCACCAGGAUGUGGACCACCCCACAAGGUGCUGGCCGCCAGGUCCACCACCACCAGGCCCAUGCCACCAGGCUGGCCACCUGGUCCACCACCUCCUGGCUCCAUGCCACUAGGAUGCCCUCUGGCGGGCCUUCUGGUCCGCCACCACCUGGCUGCAUGCGGCCAGGAUGGCCACAACAACAAGGUGGCGCUGGUAACUCAGAAACGCCAGAUCCUCCCAAACCACCACAAAAUCCAAGUGACCCGCAUAAACCUCGAGAAGUGAAACCUCUGACUGAUCUGAAUUCUCCCCCUGGACUUGAUGAUGGUUCUAGUGUAGUGAAACCUCCAACAGGUCCGGUUCCUGGUAGUGGCAAUAAUGAAGUGAAACCUCCAACUGGUCCGAAUCCUGGCGCAGAAUCUGAUCCGCCACUCUACUAG